AUGAAUCCCGAGAGAAAGAGCAUCCACAAUUACAAAUUUGUGGAACCUCAGUUGGCUGUAUUGAGAGGACUUGGGGCACGUUUGGAUUUGACUCACAAAUACGCUUUCAAGGAAGCUAAUGGUAACCUUCUGGGUAUUCUGAACACCGAGGUCAACAUCACCGUUGUGCAUACCUUGGUACAGUUCUACGAUCCACCACUAAGGUGCUUUACUUUCCAAGAUUACCAGCUAGCACCGACAUUGGAAGAGUACUCUCAUAUUCUGGGAAAGAAGGAAAUAGAACUGAACCUGAAACCAAAGGGUGGAAUCCAUGGCUUCACCUCUAAGUUUCUCGUAGACAAAGUUAUCACCUUCGUUGAAGCUGGGAGCUGGACGACCUUCAACGCCAAUCUAGCUUUACUUAUCUAUGGGAUUGUCUUGUUUCUGAAUAUGGAGGAGUUCGUAGACUUGGCUGUUAUUCACAUCUUCCUGGCUCAAAAUCCGAUUCCCAUUCUUCUUGGUAAUGCUUACUAUUCCAUCCAUGUGAGAACCCAGAAGAAGAAAGCGAUUAUCGUAUGUUGUACCCAUUUGUUGUAUAGAUGGUUUAUUUCGCAUUUAUCCAGCAAAGGCCCUUUCGUUGAGAACAAAGAUAACUUGAAAUGGUACCAGCGGAUCAUCUCCUUAAAAGCCAAAGACAUUCCUUGGUAUUUUCGAGAAUACGAUGGUGUCAAGCUCAUCCUCAAUUAUGGGGAUUUUCCUAAUGUACCUCUUCUUGGUACAAAAGGAGGGACCAACUACAACCCGAGGCUAGCAUUGCGACAACUUGGAUACCCUAUGAUGGACAAACCUGAUCUCGAAAGUGUAGAGGGUUUUGUUUUAUACGAAGGGGUCGAAGAGCCAGAGUUGAUCAAGAAGAUUGUCAAGGCUUGGGGGUCAAUUUAUCCUCAAGGAAUAGCAGAGAUGGGUAAGAAGAACUGUAUCUCCAAGGAAGCUUACACCAGUUGGGUCAAGAGCAGAGUUAGUGAGGUCUUGUUGCCGUUCCCGCCCGAACCAUCCAUGAACCUCCAAUCUCCUGAGCCAGAGAACCAGCCAAAUUCUGAAGUAGAUGAAUUGAAUAAGGUUAUCAAGACCCUAGAGAAAGAGAAUGUUGAUCUUAAAUCUAAGCUUGCUAAGAUCUCAUUGGAUAAAGAAACCUUGAAAUUCAAUCUGAAUCAGAAGAGAGACCGAGUUCGUCAAGCAGAUGAUGAGGUACAAAUAGAGGUCUUCAACAGACUCAAAGUGGGUAAAACCCUCAAAGGGAAUUAUGCCAGCCUGACAACCAAAAAGAAGCAGUUAGCCGAAGCCCAAUACCGAACCGGUAAAGCAGAACUAGAACACAUGGAGCAGAUGAAGAAACUUCAAAGCCUGCUAGAAGCUUGUAAGAAAGAGUUGAAGGAUGAGAGAAGCUGCAACAAACAUCUAGAAGUCACCCUUCGCCAAAACCAGUACGAGCUGAAUCAUAGACUAGAAGAGAUUCAAGAGUUGAAGGGACAAUCACACGGGAACCUGAAAGACAGCAACAUACAGUUGAACAAGCAUCCUGAAGACCCCUCAUCCCGAGGGAAGACAAUUGUGAACAAUGUUCCGAGCAAGCCAAAUCACAACCCUCCACCAGAAGGGAGUGCGAUGUUAGGAAAAUGGGGCGCCUGCCUGUCUCCCAAAUCUCAGGCUUACUACGAAAAGUUGUUAUCCAAUUGCUUCUAG